AUGUGUUUCUUUCUUGUAAUUACUGGUGUUAUACUUUAUUGUCUAUUUCGACCCGGUGUUGAUGAAGAUGAACAGAAAAUUCAGGAAAAUCUCUUUUUUCUUGCUCUCUCUGUGUGUGAUUUGUUUGGUCACUUUAAAACAUUAACAUCAUCAUCAUCGAGUCGAAGAAAAAAAAGAAAAAUCAUCGUGGUAGUAGCAGCAUCAGGUUGUAAAGAUUAUUUCAUAACAAGUGAACAACAAAACAAUUUUGUUUGUUUUUUUUCCUGUUUGGUUCUGUGGGGAUCAUCCAUUCUGGAGAAAUUAACCAUAAAUCAUCGUAGUUGUUGUUGUUCAAACAAACCAGACCACCAAAGAACAAAAAAUAAAAUAAAUUAAAUUUAAAAAAAAAUGUCAGCAAAAGCUAUAUGUGAAGCAACCGGUAAAGAUUUACU